UUGGUUUUGUGUUGUUACUCGAAAAAAAAACAAUUGUGUGUAAUUUUGUUAAAUUCUGUGAUUUAUUUGUGUGUGAAAUUAUUUGUGAUUAAAAAAAAACAAUAAACUAUUGCAAAAUGGAAGGACCCAAAGAGUUAUCAAUGAGUGAAAUUCGUAAAUACAUGCUGGAAAAUGGUUGUAAAGUAACAAAUCAUGCCUUAGUGAAGCAUUUCAAACGUUUCCUUACACAUCCCGAGACACAAAAUGAAGCUCGCAAAGAAUUUAAAACGUAUGUGAAUAUAUUGGCCACCAUUAAAAACGAAAACAAUCAGAAAUAUUUAAUUUUGCGCAAGAAAUACUUGAAUGAAUGUCCGUCUGAGGAGGUGGUGCAACGUGCUGUUUCACAGGCGGGUGGCUCUGAUUCAGUGCCCAGUAGCCCCGGUGGAGUUUCACUCACUUCAGAUGUAGCUGCUGGUUCGCCCUAUCGUCAACCACCACCCUAUAAGCCACCUCCAGAGGUGUUUUCGUCUCCCCUUGCUAAACUUUCCCAGCCACCAGUUGCCGCCACUGGUGUUGCUGUCCACACGGAAAAUGUUGAUAACUAUCGUGAGUGUGUUAAUGAAUUUACCACGGCCAUGUCACGCAUUGACCCCAAACGUCUAGAGCGCCAAACUUCGGACAAUGAACCUCAGACCCCUACACCGCCACAGGCUGAGGAUAAUAAACGCAAAGAAUUGGAAGAAAAAGCUAAUCGCGAAAAAAGUGUUUCAAGAGCUAAUUCUGUCGAUGAGUCGGGCGGUAAUAAGGAGAAUAUACCACGUUUUUCUUUUUCGUCGGGUUCUUCGGGUACUUCAACUGAAGGUAGUGGCGAGAAAUCUUCGGGACCCGAUGUGGAUACUGAAAAUCCGAUGAGUGUUAAAGAAGCUACGCGCAAAUUUAAUCGCAUGGCUUCGGAAGAAGAAGCGAAAAUUAUUUCACCACCAUCGAAAAAGAAGCCAGAAAAGCAGUUAAUUGAGGAGAAAGAGUUGCCCGAAGUUAAUUUGUCUCAUCCCAAAGCCAAAGAAUGGAUUGUUUCUAUGGCUAAGGCCAGUUAUCAAGAAUUAGCCAAGUUGGCUAAUGAAUAUCCGGAAUUGGUGAAAUUGCAUGCAUCAGACAUCUUAAUACCAGAUAAUUCGGAGAGGUUUUUAAAGGAGCGUACACCUAAAAACCUGGCACGCAGAUCAACAAGUGCCGGACAAUUGCAAAAGAAGUGCAAAAUGGUCUCUUCCUCCAGUGAUCAUCCACCACAUUGCUAA